AGCGAGAGAGCGAGAGAGAGAAGCGAGAGAGAGGAGAGAGAGAGAGGAGCGAGAGAGAGAGAGGAGAGAGAAGCGAGCGAGAGAAAGCGAGAGAGAGAGCGGGAAGAGAGAGAGAGGGAGCGA